AUCAGGAGGUAAGAGGUUGCGGCUGGCUGUGAAGAAGCGGUCCAGUCAACUUCACAGCUGACUAUGCCUGGAAAAUGUAAAUUUCAAGACUCCUGGCUCUCUAAGGACAUUUAUAAGGAGUGGCUGGUUAAAGACGUCCAGGAUAUUCACUUCGCCCGAUGCAGGGCCUGUUGUAAAUCAAUCAAACUUCAGACCAUGGGCGAGGCUGCUCUCACCAGCCACGCAGGGGGAGCUGGCCACAAAGCAGCGGUCCGCAAGCUGGUGGAAGGCGGCUUUAUGAUGAUAAAUGCUGCUGGGCAGAUAAAUGGCAGCGUGAAUCGGGCUGACGACAGCAAGGAGCAAGUGGCCAUCUGCCUCCAGCGUCACGCCUUGGACAGAAUCACAGGGAGCGAAUGGUCAGAUCUGCACCAUAGCCCCACGGCCAACUCCAACUCCCACAAUGCAGAUCUGCGAGAUGUGACAUUUCCUGCUUCCUACUUCACAGCACCAGGUACCUCCAGGCUCAUCAGCCAACGUCUCCUCCCGCCAGGCAGCGAGGCAGAAGAAGUGGGCCACCGCCCAGCUCAGCACGACACCAUAGACCUGUCGAGGCUGGAGCAUCAGCAGAGAUCAGAAGCUUUGGAGCAGCAGCAGCAGAUGAAGAUCCUGGAGUGGGAGAACAGGAUGAAGGUGCUGGCGUGGGAGCAGGAGCUGAUGAGGGAGAAGAGGAGAGCAACGAAGCAGAAGGAGAAGGCCUUCAGGAUGAAGAAGGCUUACUACAAGGCCAAGCUAAAGAAGAUGGGCGAGGACGUGCCCCCGUCUUCCUCCAGUAGCAGCGAUGAAGAUGAAAAAACAUCUCAUCCGACAGGAUGA